GGUUUUUCAUCUGAUAUCAGAAUUACAGUAAAUAAAUAGAGUGCAAAUUGCUUAUGUCUGAUUCCAAAUAAAUCGCUGCUAAUUAGUUUGGAUCGUGUCAUUACAUAGUAAAGAUGUUCUUGGUGCACGUUUAUUUAUUUUUCAUUGCGCUAAUUUCCGUGUUCACGACGCACGUAGCGGCUGAACAAUAUAAAAUUGUUGAAACUCUUGACGGUCAAGUUAGAGGUGUGCAAAAAUUGACACUUUUGAAAGAAAUUCCAUUUUAUUCGUUCAAAGGGAUUCCAUACGCAAAGCCACCUAUUGGGGAUUUACGGUUUAAGGUACCUGAACCAGUCGAGUCUUGGAAUCAUGUGCUCGAUGCAUUUGAACAUGGAAAAAUUUGUGUACAACCCGGAAAGUUAGUUCCCCAACCAUUUGCACAGAGUGAAGAUUGUUUAACAUUGAACAUUUUUGUGCCAGCUAACAUAAAAACGGACGAGAAAUUGGCUGUGCUGUUGUUCAUUCAUGGCGGUGGAUAUGCUGAAGGUUCGAGCAAUGAUUAUUUCCAUGGGCCAGAUUUCAUAAUUGAAAAGCAAACGAUUGUGGUAACAAUAAAUUAUCGACUUGGACUGUUGGGCUUUUUGUCGCUUGACUCCCCGGAAAUCUCCGGUAACAUGGGUCUGAAAGAUCAGCAAUUGGCUUUAAAGUGGAUCCAUUCGAAUAUCGGUCGAUUUGGUGGAGACAAUAAACGAAUCACGGUCUUCGGUGAAAGCGCAGGAGGUGCUUCUGUUCAUCUCCACGUGCUAUCGGCUGAAUCGCGAAAAUAUUUUCGCAAUGCGAUUAUAAUGAGCGGAGUUGUCGACAACUAUUGGGCAAUGUCUGACAAUAAUGACCAUGUAGAACUCGCUUACCAAAUGGCCAGGGAAUUGGAUGAACCAAAGGACACCAUUGAAGAAUUGGUAGCAUUUUUGAAAUCAGCUCCACCCAAUAAACUUAGUCAAAACAUCAAUAUUGCGGAAACAAAACUUCGCCUUCCACUCCCAUUUACGCCAGUUAUUGAAAGAAAAGAUGCGAUACAACCAUUCAUAGUGGACACUCCGAAACAUAUUUACGAAACAAAGAAAGUAGAAGUCGAUGUUUUGUUCACAAUGACGUCUGCGGAAAUGGUGGGAUUUCUUUCGAUGUUGCCACCACUAAAAGAUCAACCUGAAAAGUUUGAUAUCCAAUUGCCAUUUAGAGGACUGCGAUUUUCAUCUAAUUCCGAGGAGCAUCGUAAUUUAACCGCUGAAAUUCACAAAUUUUAUUUCGGAGAUGGUGCAAAAGAAGAUCGAAGCAUUAACCAGUAUGCUGAAUUGUUAUCGGACCUUAACUUCCGUUAUGGAAUCGAUAAGGCUGUUAAGACUCAUGCGGCCAAAUCCAAGGGCAAAACAUACUACUCUUGGUUUUCAGUUGAUUCGAAAUUGAAUGCAUUCAAAUCGCAAAAUCCCGAUUCCGCCAAAUUACCUGGCGCUUCUCAUGCUGAAGAUUUGUUCUAUUUGUUUCGGUGCCAUAUGGUUCAGUCAUUAUACGAUGAAGUUAUUUCCAGCAAAGAUGAUGAACAUUCGAAAAUAAGUCUUCAGGCCAUCGAUCACAUCAGCAAAAUAUUUACGAAUUUCGCAAAAUAUGGUAAACCAACGCAUCAAAAUGACCCUUUAGGUGGAUUCCAACCAGUAAAUAAUGACGAAGUUCAUUAUCUUGAUAUCACUAACGGUGGAUUGACAACUGGCGUUGGGCCAAAUCAAAAAGCUUUUGAACUUUGGGCGAGCAUUGAACAGAGAGCUAUGCAGCUAUCGGAAGGAACAAUAAAACCACUACGAGAUGAAUUGUAGACUACGAAUACUUUUAUUGAUAAUAACACACUUUCAGAACUAUCCAUAGACGUAGAAGUGAACACAAAUGGUACUGAUAUAUUGCUUUAUUUUGUUGUUUAAACUGUUUGUACAUGGCUUUUUCAAAUAAAUCAAACAAACGCA